UUGUUCGAUCAGUUUUUCCAGGAGCACACACACACACACACACACAUAUAUAUAUAUAUACUGUAUAUAUAUGUACUCACACAGACCUGGUAAUGCACUUUCACCUUAACGUGUCUUGAAUACAGAGGCUCUGCAGUGGAGCACCAAGUGCCCCCCAGAGAAGGAGACGAGAGGCCACACGGGAUUACAGGCCUUUCAGAACAGUGCUGUUUUUUUGACUACAGCAGAACUGGAGCUGAGUGAAGCCCGAGGAGGAAACAUGUCUGCUGACCAGGAGCCCACGUUCACAGUCAAGAUGCUGCAGCUGCUGCUGCUCUCCACCUACUGGGGGAUGCAAAUCUGGGUCACAUUCAUUUCAAGCUUUGUGAUGGACAGCCACCUCACCAGACACACAUACGGUUUCAUUCAGAGUCGGCUGGUGCCCUUCUAUCUCCACUUGGGUGCAGCUUGUGCCUUCUUUAACCUCACCAUCUACGCCAUCUAUCAUCCCAGCGACUUGCUAGAUGAGCGAGAAGCCUUUCAGAUCUUCAUCUUCUUUGUGUCUGUGACGGUGGCGGCCAUUAACGCUCAGUGGUUUGGUCAAAUGGCGUCAGAGAUGAUGGCUGACAUGCACCUUAUGGAGCAGGCGUGCGGCCUGGGCCAGGACAUAGGCCUGUCAUCCAACCGCAAAGCUUAUGCAAAACUGUGCGAGACGGACGUGAAAUACCGCCACCUGAGCAGCCGCCUGUGGCUGUACAGACUGCUGUCAUCCCUCUGUAACCUCUGCUGCAUCUGCUGCAACUUCUACAGCCUUUGCAAUAUGGCUGAAAACCUCGUGGCACUCUAAGAGACUGUGCUGCAGAAGCUCUGAGGUUUUUGUACUAAAGCACUCAGUCAUAUAUAACACAGUGUCACAUUUCCCUCUGUCAUGUGACGAGAAGCGUCAGAUGACGCGUGCUGAGUUUUCUCUCCCCAUCACUUUCGUUUGUUCUCACUAAAGCCAGAGAAAUGGUGUGUGUUUUUCUUUUUUUUUUUUGAAUAUAGAGAAUAACAGUUUGACAAUACAAUGUGGAAAAAAAAAUUCUACAUUUUAAGUAUAUAAAGGAAACACCUAUAUGGUGGUAGAGUGGCCGAAAAAGAUAGAAAACAAAUAAUGUGCAAAAUCAGCCACCAUAAAUUCCUAAACAGUAGUUUAAAUAAAAACUGAACCAAAUAAAAAAAAAAUCACACACGGAACGAAGUCAACCCACCCCCCGCUCAGUCAGAGCAGCCACAUGAUUCCGUAAAAAAGUGGCAGAUGAAACUUAAUCAGGCAACACCUGUAGUUCCAUAAAAUAAAAUAUAAAAGGUGGCCAUUUAUGAAAAAACUUCCCAGUGGAUCUUCAUUGUAUAUUUAAUUUUCUCCCAUUUAAUAAAAAAAAAAAUUAUUUUAACCACUCAGAGAUAGAGAGACAAGUCGCUAAUUUCCAAUGUAACAAGAUGGUCCAUCUCGCUAUCAAUGAUGCAAAUUCUACAAUAUCACUUUGUAUGGAGGUUAAUGGAACUAUCGUUGAAUGGAACUAUCAGGGAUCCUGAAUAUAGUUACCAAUAGGCAUGUCUACAGAGUGAUUCCAAGAACCUUUGACAUAAUGCCAAAAACUAUGUAGGUUUGGACAAAGAAAGAACAUGACUUAAAUGGCAAUGGUUUGUGUUUUUAAUAUCAUGGACACUGUAGCUGCACUUGUUGAGGCAAACAAAAGAAAGUGAAUUGCUGAUGCGCUGCUUGGUUCCUGCUUUUCCUGUUUACAGGUUACUGAGUUCCAAUAGCCAUCACACCUCGAUCCCGUGCCACUGGUUUGCCUGGCUUAGAUUGUGUUUGCUUUAGAGUACUUGUGGACCUGUACUUCAGGUUUUGAAGUAUAUGUGUCAGUUAUGUCUUCACGGUUACUGACGUGGGGGAAAAAACUUAAAAUGUUAAUGCUGUUGUGUACAAAAAAAAAAAAAAAAAUCUUGCUUUCAGUUCAAACAAGGUGUGUCUUGACUAAGGAUAUGGCAUACCAGUGAGCUUAACAGUUGCUGUUUAACACUUAUAACCAGCAUAACAUACAGAUUAUGCUGGAGAUAUUAAUACAGAUCCAGACGGUGCUCUUCUUUACAGCUUCCACUUUAAUGAGGAACUCGGAUUUUUCAGCCCAGGCUCUAUUUUUAGAUAUUACUGGGUUCAGCUUGUCACUUGGGACAAAAACAGCCGUAGUCUUGUAUUGAAUUAGAAUGCCAACACUAUCACAGGCUAAACAGCUGUACGUUGUAAGCCUAUGGGUUAAAGCUAAAAACCUCACAGUAAACCAAUUUUUGUCACCAUUGAACAGGCGAAAAUGUCAUUAGAAGGAUCUGGUAGCAUGGAGAAGGAUCCCUGCUGAGGUAACAUGCACAUGUAAAAAGCUUUUUAGUACAACUGAUUAUCUAGGCAGUGACUUACGUUAUGGGGCUAUUCCACCGAGCUAUGU